GACCCGGGCGUCCCAGCAUAGUCCCUCGCGUGUCCUCGCAGCCCCACAUGGGGCCCGAGAGCUCCAGAAAGAGUCUGCCCUGAGUCACGGGAGGGGGGAACUCGGUGGGGUUCUUAAAGGCGCAGACAGCCACCCCUUCUUCACCGGCGUCCCGUUCCGAGGAGUGGGGGGCGGGGACGCCAGGGUCCCGUUAUGCAGCGGGAAGGGGCGGGGCCGGAGCAGGAGGUCUGGGAGACUGGGCUCUAGGGCCGCGCGGACGCCCAGAGAAGGAACAUCGCCCCGGGCGGGGCCGCCCCUGAGUCACCCCGGCCCCGCCCGACCCUCUUGCGCCGGACCGAGAGGAGCGGAUCGCAGAGGAUAGGAGGCCAGUCCGGAGCCGGGGAAACUGAGGCCGAGCUCCUGCAGACAUGUUCCUGGUUAAUUCAUUCCUGGGCGGGAAGGGCGGCGGCGGCGGCGGAGCCGGCAACGCUCUCGGGGGGCUGCUCAGCGGCGGCGGAGGGGGCGGCGGCGGCGGCGGCAUCGGUAACGUCAUCGGGGGGCUGCUCAGCGGCGGAGGCGGAGGCGGAGGCGGCGGAGGCGCUGGAGGCAUCGGCAACGUCAUCGGGGGGCUGCUCAGCGGCGGCGGCGGAGGGGGCGGCGGCGGCGGCGGCGGCGGCAGGGCGGGGGGCGCCAUGGGCUUCCUCGGCGGCGUCAUCAACGCCAUCAGUGAAGCUGCAGCCAAUUAUAACCCAGAGCCCCCGCCCCCUCGGUCCCACUACUCCAACAUCGAAGCCAAUGAGAGUGAGGAAGUCCGGCAGUUCAGGAGGCUGUUUGCUCAGCUGGCGGGCGAUGACAUGGAGGUCAGUGCCUCGGAGCUCAUGAACAUUCUGAAUAAGGUGGUGACUCGACAUCCUGACCUGAAGACGGAUGGUUUUGCCAUCGACACCUGCCGGAGCAUGGUGGCCGUCAUGGAUAGUGACACCACGGGCAAGCUCGGCUUUGAGGAGUUUAAGUACCUUUGGAACAACAUAAAGAAGUGGCAGGCCAUCUACAAACAGUACGACGUAGACCGCUCGGGGACCAUCGGCUGCAACGAGCUCCCGGGAGCCUUUUCGGCUGCAGGCUUCCAGCUCAGCCCGGAGCUGUACCAGAUGAUCAUUCGGCGCUACUCGGAUGAGGACGGCAGCAUGGACUUCGACAACUUCAUCAGCUGCCUCGUGCGCCUCGACGCCAUGUUCCGUGCCUUCAAGUCCCUGGACAAAGAUGGCAGCGGGCAGAUCCGGGUGAACAUCCAAGAGUGGCUGCAGCUGACCAUGUACUCCUGAGGCCGGGCUUCCCUCCUGACUGCAGCUGUCCAUCUCAGUCCGACGUGGGAGCCUCUGGCACAGGCACCCGCAGCCGCUGGUGCUGUGCCGUCCCUGGGCGUGCCCUCGUACCCCCGCCUGAGCAAACACGGCCUCCACCAGGAGCCCCUGCUCCCCCUCCCCCUGCUACCAGCCCCCCUCCCCCCCGAGCCCCCCAGCACCCCUGUAAACACUUCUCUAACACACCUACCCCUGCUCCCAGUGUCUCUGUGCUGGCCCCCAGCAUCCCUGUAAACACGUCCUGCUCCCCCUCCCCGGUCUCCCCCCCCCCUGCAAACACCCCGCGUGUUCUCACAGCGUGCCCGCCGCUGCCCCAGGACCCUGCCCACGUGUGUUCCGAGCUUCAUCACGCCCCCUACCCCGCGCCACCUGGCUGGUGUCUAGUGCCUUCCCCCAUGGGCUUUGGGGUCUCCCCCCCACCAGGGUGGGCCUGGGAGCCGGGGCAGGGCUUCAGGGCGGCCCCAAGGCCCAAAAUAAACAGUGGUCACAAGA